GUUUAUGAAUGAGGGGCUGCCCCGCUGCCCCCAGCUCCUCCCUGCUGCUCAGCCCCCAGGUACUCGGGCUCGGGCUGGCAGCCGGGCGCGCUCCCCGCCGCUGAGAUCCCGCGGGCUCCUUGGCUGCUGGCAGUGGAGGUGGCAUCUCAGCGCUGGACCAUGGUGCUGUGAGGACGAGGUGUCCCCUUCCCGCUGCUGAGCACCAGAAUGCAGCCUGCCCCUCGCCGCAGCCUGGCCCUCGCCGCACUCCUGCUCUGCCUCCUCCUGCAGCAGCUGGGCAGCAGCAAGGCAUGGAAGCAGCAUGCCCCGCGCCUUCGUCUCGCCUACAAAGAUCUGCUGAAAUCCAACAGCUCUCGCCUGCUGCUGGCCUCAGGGGACGGGAUGGAUUUCCAAGCCCUCCUGGUGGAUGAAGACAGGGCCUGGCUGAUGGUGGGAGCGAAAAACCACAUCUUCCUGCUCCACCUGGACCAUCCCAGCAGGGAGCCUGAGAAGAUAUUCUGGCCAGCCUCCCGGGAGCAGGUCGAGCACUGCCAGCUGGCUGGGAAGAACGUGGAGACCGAGUGUGCCAACUUCAUCCGCCUCCUCCAGCCCUUCAACAGGACCCAUGUGUUUGCCUGCGGGACCGGCUCCUACCAGCCCGUCUGUGCCUUCAUCCAGCUGGGAGCCCGGGGGAAGGCUCCUGGAGCUCCCACCAUGCGCUUGGUGACUCACUCCUUGGAAUCGGGGCGAGGACGGUGCCCGUACAGCCCCCAUGAGCCCUUCACGGGGCUCCUUGUGGAUGGGGAGCUGUAUUCUGGUACCUCCAGCGACUUCAUGGGCAGCAGCGCUGCCUUCUUCCGGACCUGGGUCCAUGGGGCCGAGCAGAGCUACAUCCGGACGGAGCAGAACCAGGACCACUGGCUACAUGAGCCCGCAUUCGUCGGUGCCUACGCCAUCCCUGAUACCUACAACCCGCACGAUGACAAGGUCUACAUCUUCUUCCGUGAGACAGCCAUGGAAGCUGGGCAGUGGGAGAGGCGGCACAUCCAUGCCAGGGUGGCCCGGGUCUGCAAGAACGACGUUGGAGGGAAGCACAGCCUCAUCAACCGCUGGAGCACGUUCCUCAAGGCCCGCCUGGUGUGCUCCAUCCCCGGGCCCCACGGCACCGAGACCCACUUUGACCAGCUCGAGGAUGUUUUCCUCCUGCGCACCCGGGACCCCCAGAACCCCCUCGUCUUUGGGCUCUUCACGGUCUCCAGCGGUGUCUUCAGCGGCUCUGCCGUCUGCGUCUACUCCAUGGCUGCUGUGAGAGCUGCCUUCAGCGGCCCCUUCGCACACAAGGAGGGGUUUGACUACCGCUGGGUGGAAUACAAGGGCCGUGUCCCCUACCCUCGCCCUGGCACGUGCCCCAGCGAGACGUACGACCCCCUCCUGCAGUCCACCAAGGACUUCCCCGACGAGGUGAUCAGCUUCAUGCGCACCCACCAGCUGAUGUGGGAGCCCGUGUACCCGCAGGGCCGCCAGCCCGCCCUGGCCAGGGUCAACGUUCCUUACCGGCUGCGGCGCCUGCUGGUGCACAGGCUGGAGAUGGAGAACCGGCACUACGAUGUGCUCUUCCUUGGCACAGAUGAAGGCAAAGUCCUGAAGGUGGGGCUGGCCGGUGGCGUGAGCCGUGGCACGGAGGUGAUCAGCCUGGAGGAGAUCAGUGUCACUAAGGUGCCUUCUCCCAUCCUGGACAUGAAGCUGUCACUGAAGCGGCAGGAGCUGUUUGUGAGCAGCACCCACGGGCUGAUCCAGCUCUCCCUGUACCGCUGCGAGCUCUAUGGCAAAACCUGCACCGACUGCUGCUUGGCCAGGGACCCUUACUGCACCUGGGACAGCAGGACCUGCGCCCCACACGUGCUCACCGAGAAGAGGCGUGCCCGCUGCCAGGACGUGCUGAAGCCGGACCCGCUCAGUCAGUGCCAGGACCCCGCAGAGGGGCCGGCUGCUGUGGAGAAGCUGGUGUUUGGCGUGGAGAAGAACUCAACGUUCCUCGAGUGCCUGGCGCGCUCCCCGCAGACCACGGUGCGGUGGCUGGUGCGGCACGGCGAGGACACGGACCUGAGCGAGGUCAGGAGCGACGGGCACUUCUCGGUGCUGGAGCAGGGGCUGCUGCUGCGGCAGCUGGCUCCGGAGGACGCGGGCACCUACGAGUGCCAGGCCAUGGAGCGCUCCUUCUCGCGGCCCCUCACCCGGUACAGCCUGCGCGUCAUCAGGCACGAGGCCAUGGAGCUGCCACCUUACAAACGGAGCAAGGGAGCCGAGCUGGGAGGGAGCCAGCAGAGCCCCCGGCCCCGCAUUGACCUGCACCCCGGUUACAAGGGCUUCCCGCGGGCCCUGGGGGCACCGGGCACCAGCCUGGAUGCCUACUGCAACGCCCUGCGCCUGCAGGAGAGGCAGCGGCAGAAAGCCUGGCACCACAAGUGGCAGCACCCAUCCGCGGACAGCAAGAGCGGCCGGGUGCGGCGGCACCGCCGGCCCCUGUGAGGCGCAGAGGAGCCGGGGCCGCCCGCUGCUCCCUCCCCGCUCCGCCCGGGGCCCUUCUCGCUCCCAGGAUCCGCUCCGACCGAGACGCCUCAGCUUCCUGCGCACAAAGCGCCUCGCUGGUACUACCUCAACCCUGCCAGGCCCCUCCAUGCUCCCCACA